UAGAAGCAGUUCAUUUAGUACCUGGUUUGAUAGGAAUACUGUGCCAAUAUAGUUUAACAGUUUGAUUACAGAAAUGUUCAAUGUGAAACAGCAAGUGAGAAAAUUAAGGAUUGAUUAAAGACAAACUAUCCUUAUUUUCUUCUUUUUAAAAAGGCAAAAGUUAUAAACAAACUUUAAUAAAUGCCUGUUAAGCGUAGACGGUAUAAACAGUGCCAUCGACCUAAAUGAAUUAUAAACCAGUUAAAAUACAUAUUUUGCGAAAGGGUUUUGAAGACAGUGAAAAUACUUUAAAGGCUAUAGUUUGAAAUAUUAAUUUUACUAAGAUUAUUUCAUAAAUAACACUAUGGUUUUCGUGCGUGCAUUUAUUUGCAUUAUUACUUCUUUCCAAAUAUUAUUGAUAUCGGAUAUUUUAGAAGCUCGUCUUUCAUACCAAGACGAACAACGAUGGCGGUUCAAGCCGAUCUAUUACAACCGAGAAGAAGUGCAGUUGAAUUAUACCCUUCAUAAAUCACACAACACAUCCUUGAAUAUUUCAUUUCAUGCGCUUAACAGGGACUUUACAGUGCAUGUACUUAAAUCUCAUCCAUCUAACAUGGAAGACACAGUCCAUGAAAAUCACACGAGAUCCAUUUCAUACGAGACAUCAGUACUUGUGGGACAAGUGACUGGACUGCAGGACAGUCUCGUUACUUGCGCCGUUCAGAAUGGAGUUUUGCAGGGUAUUAUUUCAUCAAAAGGGGAGGAAACACUUUACAUCCUUCCCACUACCUGGGUUCUCAAAAGCCCAUCCAUCUUUUGGUCUGUGAUAUACACUGAACAUGACUUUAAAAGAGAUUCUUUGUUACAUCAGUUCAUCAGAAACCAUCACAAAUCAUACAUAUCAUUACAGCAAACCCAUGAAGGUCGAAAGCACACAUUCUUUCACAAAAUGAGUAUGCCACGAGGAAGAAGGUCAAUCCCAGAAAAAACAAGGAACAAAGAUAAAGAAAACAGUUUUACGAAGCGAGUCUGUACAAUCAAAUUUACCACUGACCCGUUCGUUUGGAAGCAUGUGAUGGACAGAAAUGGACAAAAUAAGAUACGAGCGGUUAAUGAAAUCCAUUACAUGAUUAGAGACCAUUUGAAAGUGCUGAACGACAUUUUUGAAGAAGCAAUGUUCACCGUCAAUAAAGGCACAGCUGGCGAGUUCACAUUCAGUGGUUUCCAGUUCGAAGUAGGAGAAAUUAUGAUUUGGGAUGAACGACACUGUGCAGAGAAAAUAAAUGUGUGUUCAAAGAGAUUACCACAAAGGGAACUUCUCUAUAGAUUCCUCAAUACACAAGACGAUUUCUUUGAUCUUUACUACUCUGACAAUGAAAAUCCUGACUACAGUUAUACCGACAGUGAUAAUAACUAUCCAGCAGUUGGAGAGAUGCCAUCAAGUACCCACAAGCAUCACUGCCUUUCAGUGUUGUUCACUGCCCGUUCUAUCACUCAAGGGCUUACGCCGGUGCCCAUAUAUGGGCUUGGAUACUCACCUAACGAUGAAAGCCCAGACACUGGUAUUUGCAGUACGAAAAAUGUUGCUUUUGUCAACCUGUACGUCAGCGAAAAGGUCCCUUAUCAACCAAACAUGAGGACAAAACUGGUGUUUUCCCAUGAAGUUGCCCACGCAUUUGGCGCACCGCAUGAUAAUAAUGAAACUGCAUGCGGUGAAUAUUCAGUAUUAAAUGAACCAGAUGCAGGCUACUACCUGAUGCACGAGGUGGCGGUGACAGGUGACCUGGAAAACAAUUUUAAGGUUUCCAAUUGUAGCCUUAAUAAAAUUGGUACAGUUUUAGCCAGAGAAUCGUCUACGUUAUGUUUUAUAGAACAAAAAACUUCAAUUUGCGGUAACGGCAUUGUUGAAGAAGGGGAACAAUGUGACUGUGGUUCCAGAUGUCACCUUGACAACUGUUGUAAUCCAAAAGGAAUAAAACACGAAUGCUCUCUGAAACAACAUGCACAAUGCAGUCCAAGCCAAGGGCCGUGCUGUAGUGUUGAUACCUGCCGGUACUACAACCAAUCGGAAAAUAUGGUUUGCCAAAGUGCUGCGUCGUGUAUUGAUACACUGUAUUGCAAUGGUGACAGCGCCACAUGUCCUGUGCCGUCAGAAAGCCAGAUAAGUCCUGACAAUACAACGUGUAGAACAGACAAUGAUAGAGUUGGCGUGUGUCAUUCAGGGAAUUGUAACAGAUCGGUGUGUAAUUUGAUUGAAUGGCAUGAGUGUGACCUCACGAAUAGCGCAGCAACGUCGACUCUAACAGAAAAAGAAGAAUUAUGUUUUGUCGGUUGCCGAAAAACAAAAACCUCGCCAUGUAUCAGCACUCAUGACGGCCUCGCACUUGCGCAGUUUCCAGAGCUGAACAACUUAUUGAAAACAAUUGCUGGACGUGAUAAAUGGCACGAGACAAGCAUUCGUUUACCAGUUGGUACACCAUGUAACCGCCUGACGGGAUACUGCGAUGUAUAUCAACGUUGUAGAGGAGUUGACCAUGACACUACUCUUGCCAAGUUUAAGAGAUUCGUCGAGCUUUUCGUUGACUUUUUAUCGAGUAAAAUCGGUGUCAUCACAUUAGCAAUUGCUGUCCUAUUUACCUUUGCCUUGGUGAAGUGGUUAAAAGUUCACACGAAGAGCAGUAACUCAGAAUUAGAACUCAAACAUCCACACAUAUCUGUUCGAGAGUCGGUUACCAAUGUAAGUUACUCAGUCGUACAUAUGGGUGACUCAGUCAGAACUUCAGUGUCUCACAUGAGGCGUUCAUUGCGAAACUCAUCUAGAAAUUCAUUUGGACAACGUCGGACACUUUCGAGACAAAACAGUCCGGUUGUGCAAGAAUUGGAACACUUAAGACCAGAGGAUGAUAAUGUGUUCGAAGCGUGAAUGCGUCAAUCUGAAACACAAGUUGAUGUCUUUAAUUGUUUAUUUUCUAUAGAUGAACACUUCAUUUCGAAGCUGAAAUGAAAUCCAAAACUAAAACAUAGUGUCAACAAGAGACAUCGAUGGAGCACGUUUUCAAUGUUGUGACUAAAUUUGAAGUACAGUUGAAGAAUCUACGCGUGUACUUGACGUCCAAAAUUGUAAAUAUAUAAACUGUAUUCAAAACAUGACUUGUAUAUGUAUGUCAUUUUACUAAUUAAUCCCCACUUGUUGUUGAAGCUGUGUGUAUGGUAAACUUACAGUUAUACAGGAUAGGGCCUUAUGUAGCUUUGUCUGCAUCGCUUUGAAAGAUACAUAAGCAAUUAAAAAUACUCCAACUGAUCGCAAUUAGACUAAUUUUCAGUAUUAUAUACUUUAAUUGUAUUACUUGUUUAGUUAUAAUAAUGCUUUUGCUUUUUUGUUUUUGUUUUUCAAUGCAGUGUUAGAGGAUUUUGUUUCAUCUUGUUUGUAUUCAAUGUUAUAAGUAUUUGUGCAUAGUAAGUUGAAAAAUACAACAAUAAUGACAUCUGACUUAAACAUAUGAGUUCUGACAUGUGGGCUUUUUUGCAUAAUUUGCAUUUAUCGUUUGUUUUACAUUAAAACUAAAUAACUGUUCAAGACAAAUGUGUUUCUAGUCGAGUAUUUCGAAUAUGUGAUCCAGGCAUAUUAAAUAUACUGUGCGUAAAUAAUGAUAACAUAUAUGCAUGGACGUGAUGUAUUGUAACAAUCUGUGUUCAUAUCCCGUUUCUUACAUUCUAAAGCCUUGAUAAAAUAUGUAUUAAAAUAUAAAAUAUA